CAAGAAGAAGAAGAAUAAGAAGAAGAAGAAGAAAGAUUAUUAUCAACAGAGAUGGCCAGCGUCGAUGCAGAGACCAAAGCAGAGAUGGAUAGGAUCUUCAAACGAUUCGACAUUAAUGGCGAUGGCAAGAUCUCUGCUUCGGAGCUUGGUGAAGUAUUGAAACAACUUGGUUGUGCUUCUCAGGAAGAGAUUAAGCGUAUGAUGUCAGAGAUAGACACAGAUGGUGAUGGCUUCAUAUCAUUUCAGGAGUUUGCCAAUUUCCACAACGCUAACAGAGGUUUGAUGAAGGAUGUAGCUAAGAUAUUCUAAGCUUCUAUUCUCUUUUAACUCACCUGAAGUUCUGUAACUCAUUUUUGUAUGAUAGUAUGAGGUGCUUUUUCAAAUUCUGAAACUCUCCAAAAAAUUGUGAGAACAGAGAAGAAGUGCAAUCAAUAGUCUUUUGAUACCAUUCCUUCC